UGGGUUCCAUUUCCAUACAAAAGAAAUCCAGUUGUUCAGAUAAGCCUACCAGUCCCAGAGAAGAGAGAGAGAGAGAGAGAGAGAGAGAGAGAGAGAGAGAGAAGGCAACGGAACAGAAGCGAUUUCACAUCACCAUUUAUUGAGCUUCUCUUCUUCAACCCAGAAGCAGAAGUAAACUUCAAAUAAGAAGAAUGGCUUCCUCUGCUACUGCUCUAUCUUCUUUCACCUCGCUUUCUUUCCGUACAACUAUUCCGACCUCUCACUUCAAACUAUCCCCUGAACUCCUCCUACCCACCAGUUUCUGCUGUAGCAAAAUUAAAACCCUACAAACAUUUUCCCUCUCAUUUCUUCCCAAACCCCGAAAAUUCAUGCCCUCACAAGCUAAAUCCGACGACAUCGACACCACCUUCUUCGAUGAAUUUAACCCAGAAGAAGAAAUUGCUUUCGAACCUGUAGAGCCUCCCGAAGGCUACGUGCCUCCUCCGGCCUUCGACGAGGGUGUUCCCGAGACGGAAGAAGAGAUCGCAGCGGCCUAUGAGGAGAUGUACGGACCAGCCUACAGUGGCGUUAGUGUGCUUGGUAAUGACAUCUAUGUCAUGGACUCCAAGAUAAAGAAGAGUACUGGGUUUGGGUCGAAGACGAAGAAGGAGAAGGUCAGGGAUGGGCUCGAGGAAAGAGUGGUUCAGGUGAGGAGAGUGACAAAGGUGGUCAAGGGUGGGAAGCAAUUGCACUUCAGGGCUAUUGUUGUGGUGGGUGACAAGCAGGGUCAGGUUGGGGUUGGUGUCGGUAAAGCUAAGGAGGUUAUUGGGGCGGUUCAGAAGUCCGCUACCAAUGCCAGGAGGAAUCUAAUCACCGUGCCUAUGACCAAGUAUAAGACAUUCCCUCACAGGUCCGAUGGGGAUUUUGGAGCAGCAAAGGUGAUGCUAAGACCUGCUUCACCAGGUACUGGAGUGAUUGCCGGGGGUGCAGUUAGGAUUGUUUUAGAAAUGGCAGGUGUUGAGAAUGCUUUGGGCAAACAAAUAAGGAGUAAAAAUGCCCUUAACAAUGCAAGAGCAACUGUUGUUGCUAUACAGAAGAUGAGACAGUUUAGUGAUGUUGCUCGUCAACGUGGAAUCCCCAUGGAAGAACUCUGGAAGUGAAGCGACUGGUGCAAGUGACUGUUUUUAAUUAGAUUCUAUUCCUGAACCAUUUUCUGUGUACUUCUUUACUGGCAAGAACUUUGUAAUUUGUUUUUGCUAAUGAAUUUGUAAUCUUUCUUUUGAGAAAAACUAAUGAAAGAUUAGUAUAUAUCAAACUUGACCAUUGUUGGACACAAAGUUACAGGUGAACAUGAUGGAGGCAGCAUCUCAAAGAUGGGAGACAGGAGGUGGUCUUGAUUUACUCCCUUCAAUCCAAAUAAGAUUUGUCUUGGUCUUUGUUAUCAA